GGGAAUGGUAGCGAUGCAGGAGGGAAGAGUCCACCCGCGCCACGAAGGCCAGGAAGGAGGCGCGUUCAGCGUCGCUGGAAGAGUGGAACUCCUGGAGGGACAGUUAGCGCCAAGUGUGGAUUCACCAGGGACCAGCAUCCCUGGAUCUCAGAGAUCAAUCUUCACCCUGAGGCAGGUGAGAAGACAGCAGGAUGAGGAGGGUGAGCUUGAGUCCGCCGGAGCUCCCGGAGAACAACGUGGUCCACUUCCUGAGGCAACCUCGGACCAUUGCUAGGAUCCUAGCUGGGCUCUUCUCGCUUAUCAUAUUUGCCUCCCUGGUGACCGACGGCUACCAGAAUUUGACAGCUUCAUCCCAGCUGCGCUGCGUGCUGAAUGACAAUAGGGUGGCCUGCGGCUAUGCCAUCACAGCCGGAGUCCUGGCCUUCCUGCAAUCCUUCCUCUUCCUGGCCUUCGACGCUUACGACAACAUCAUCAUUAGCCAGAAGGUCAAAUCUGUCAUCCUGAGUCUGGACCUGACCUUCUCCAUCAUCUGGUCGUGCAUAUGGUUCGUUGGCUUCUGUUUCCUGGCCAAUCAAUGGAACAGGUCUGCUCACCACUACCUGCUGGGAACCAGCUCAGCCCGCGCCAGCAUUUCCUUUGCUUUCUUCUCCAUCCCCUGCUGGGUGUACCUGGGCUACCGAGCCCUGAGGGGCCUAUGGGCUGAGCCCCCCAUUCCCUACAAAAAGUCCUUGGACGAAGGCACUGUGGCCCUGACCACGCUCUCUUCUGUCACCACCACCUCCAUCUCCAACAGCAUGGAGUAUCAUAGCCCCAUCGAAGGCAGAAGAGCCAGCUCCACCCCCUUCCCGCAGACUCCAAGGGGAAACCGGCUCACUUUCCUGAAUGACAAUUAGAGAUCUAUUUUUUUCACCCUGCAGUAAAUAAAGAGAGGCUUUUGCUUUCU